AUGAAGCGCGUCGCGUUUCUGCUUCUGCUGCACGCGUGUCUACUAGCUUCGCCUCGCCUCGCCGCCGCGGGUAGCAGCAGCCGUCGCGAGCUGCAAACUUUGCCAACGAGACUCAGUUGUUCUGGCUCGCGCCAUUCUAAUAUCGAGAUUUGCUCCGCCCCACCCCGACCAUGCUCCCCCUCCCCCCUCCCCGUGCUUCCCGCAACCUCGUGCCCCGCGGGCGUGGUGUGUCCGGCGGGCGCGACGUGCGUGGUGGACGGCAACGGUUACCCCUUUUGCAAGUGCGCGGCGGGGCAGGCCAUCAUCAACGGCGUGUGCGCGCCGGCCGCCAGCUGGGCGGAGGUCGGCACCAACGUCGUCCUCUACAACCAACCCAACUACGCAAACUCGCCCACCACGCUCGCGCCGGCCGUGCUGCGCGGCGCGGCGCCGAACUCGAGCGCGUGCGUGAACCUGCCGGCGGCGUUCAACGGCACGAUAAAGUCGGUGCGCAUCAUGUGGAACGUGAACGACGGCGUGGCGGACCACCUGGUGUGCGGCAAGCUCUUCUUCUGGGACAAACCCAACUGCUGCUGCUCCGGGUCGGGUUACCAGAUCCCCGGCGGCAAUGCGAGCGGCAUCAUCGCGGUGGGCAGGUCCAUCUCGUGUCAGGCCGCCAUCGCCACCAACACGUUCCCCUGCGCCACCAAGAACUGCCCCGUCAACGCCGCGUGCUCCGUGGUCAACGGUGCCGCCGUGUGCACGUGCAACGCUGGAUACAGCAUGGUCGGCGGGCAAUGCGUUGUGGCAGACCCGUGCACGGGUUACACCUGUCCCGCCAACUCAUCGUGCUCCAACGUGAAUGGCGUCGCCACGUGCACGUGCAAUACCGGAUACCAGAUGGUCAACGGCCAGUGCGUCGGUGAGUCAACUCCCUUCACCUCACCCUGUGAAUCUCCUCCUAUCCUUCACCCUCCGACCUUCACUCUCUCCUGUCCGAUUACCUCUCCUCACUCUUGCCACCUCUUCUGCUCUCCAUUUCCCCCCUCCAUCCUUCCCCUUCUCCCAUCACCUCCGAUAUUUCCCUUGUUUCUGACCAACACGAAUAUCUGCUGGCUUCCCUGCCUUCCCCCCUCUCUCCCGCUGCUGUCCCUCCCACCAGCGCCCGACCCAUGUGCGGGAUUCUCAUGCCCCGCCAACUCAGCAUGCUCCAACGUCAAUGGCGUCGCCACGUGCACGUGCAGCACUGCGGGGUACCAGAUGGUCAACGGACAGUGCGUUGGUGUGUUAACUACCUUCGAUCUCGUUUUAUCAAGCCCAACGUCCUCUCGCUCCCCACGGCCAUGCGUGCAUGUCACUUAUACCACGCGCGUUGAGCCUUCCCCUGCCGUCACCCAUCCCCAUCCCUUCCAACGCCUCGUUUCGCCCUCCCCUCGGCCCUUGCUGGUGCGUGCAGCAAUCACGGACCCCUGUGCGUCUACCACGUGUCCUGCCAAGGCCACGUGCAGCAGCGUGAAUAGAGUGGCCACGUGUGUGUGCGCCGUGGGCUACACCCUCGUCUCUGGCGCCUGCCAGCCUCUGCACCCGUUCCCUGCUCACCUCCCUGCCCCCUUUGCACCCCAUCCCCCCGGACGCUCCUCUUCUCCCUAUUUCACCCUCUCCCUCUCAUCCACCGCUCCCUCUUCCCCCCACCCCACCAGCGGCCGACCCCUGCUCGUUGGUGACAUGCCCGGCCAACUGCACAUGCUCCUCCUCCAAUGGCGUCGCCAAGUGCGACUGCCCUGGUCAGUGCCCUUCUCUCCCCCCUCGUCCUCCACCGUGUACCUUCCUGCUCUCCUCGCCUCGUUCUCUCUCCACCCUAGCCCCAAAUGCCGCCUCCCUUGCUCACUGCCCUCGCUACCUCCUUCUCCCAACUUCCCCCCUGUAUCCCCCCCACCCCCUGCGGGGAACAUGCAGAUCUGUGCUACGGGCAACUCCCUCCGUGCCUCGCCCCUGGGUGCCAUGCAGCAACGUUGGCGAAUUCGGACUAUCUGGACAACCACAACGCAGCCAGGGCGGCGGUGGGCGCUAUCCCCCUCGUCUGGAACACCACCCGUGAGUGCCCCCCUCGCCCUUGUUUGUGCGUCUGCCUCGUGCCACGGCCCUUGGGUGCGUCCUCCUGCUUCUCAACGCGCUUGCUGUGCUGUGUGCUGGCACUGGGUUGUCGUGCUUAGCUCGCAAGCCUCCCCCCCCGCUCGGACUGCAUGUGUGCACCCCGGCACCUCUCCACACCGGCACCCGUCCCUGCCGCCUCUCCAACCCCAAUGCUCACUCCACCCUCUCUACGUGUCAACCUCCCUGCUCGCCCCCCUCUUGCUCGCCCCCCUCUUCCUCGCCCCAGUGGAGGCGGACGCGCAGGCGUGGGCGACAGUGCUGACCAACAGCACGUACAACUGCGGGCUGUCGCACGGCGGCAACCCCGGCGAGGGGCAGAACCUGGCGGGUGGGAAGCCGGCGGGCCACUACUCGAGCGCGGAGGCCGUCAGCUGGUGGGUGGGCGAGGCCGCCCUCUACUCCCUCGCUGCUGUGAAGAAUGGCUGCAGCACCGGCAACUUCUCUGACUGCGGGCACUACACACAGGUCAUUUGGAACGGCACACUCACGGUGGGGUGUGCCAAGGCGUCGUGUGGCACGGCUGCUGAUGUGUGGGCAUGCAACUACUAUCCGGCCGGCAACAUUAUCGGCCAGCCGCCCUAUGUGCAAGACCCGUGCUACCGGGUGGCAUGCCCGUCCACGGCCACAUGCACGGUGCGGUACGGGCAGCCCAUGUGUGUGUGUGGGGCGGGGCAGGUGCUCGUCAACAAUGCCACGUGCCAGCCCGACCCCUGCACCAGCGGCACCACCACGUGCCCCGGCAACCUCGUGUGUGACGGCUCCUCCGGUACCGCCCAGUGCGCCUGCCCCACCGGCCUCGUGCCUGUCACCAACGACUCUUGCGUCCCGCCGGCGUGUGUGGGGGCGGUGUGUCCGGCGCAGGCGACAUGUGCGGUGGACGGGAGUGGGUACCCGUUCUGCCAGUGCCCCACGGGGUGGUACAUGGGCAGCAACGUGUGUGUGCAGGGCACGCCCGCAGCUGUGGCAGCCACGAGCCUGGCCAUCUACAACACGGCGUCCUACACCACCACGGCGCCCGCGCUGGGCCCCACGCUCGUGCGCACGGGGCUGCCCGUCAACUCGUCGCACGCCAGCUGUGUGGACAUCCCCGGCGGCAUUGCAGCGGCGUCGCUGCGCGUGCUGUGGAACGUGCCGGACAGCACGGGGGCGCCCAAGCAGUCGUGCAGGCUGGUGUACUUCUGGACCAGCACUUCCUGCUACGGGUCUGCCACCGGCUACUAUCGCCCCACCGGCGAUGUCACCAACUUCGACACCACAUCGGGCAAUGUGGCCCUCGUCAAGGCCGUUGCCUGCGCCAGCUGA